AUGGGACUGGUUGAGGAAUUCGAGUCGGCGUUGAAGGAUGUCGUGCAGGGGAAGCAUCUGUCGGCGUCGAGGAUGAACAAGUUAACAGAGGUCGCUCUCAAAUCCAUGGAGAACGAUACACAACUUGUAUCUGUACUGUACCGCACGCAUAAGACUCUCCCUCCAAAGUCCAAGAUAUCUAGUCUGUACGCGUUUGAUGCGCUCGCCCGUGCAGCUCGCAAUAAAGUGGUCAAGCACGGCGUUCCUAGCGACGUAGACGCCGGGAAGGGCAAUUGCGCCACAUUUCUGUUGAAAGUGGAGGGCGUCUUGGACGGUCUGUUUCACGACAUGAUUUCGUCAGGACCUCCAGAAGCCAAGGAAAAGACAAAGAAAGUUCUUGACAUAUGGGUCAAGUCCAAUACGUUCCCUCCCGCUGUUUUGGCGCGCCUGGCAGAUAUCGUGAAGGAAGCUGACAAAGGUGCUUAUCGAGAUCCAUCUUUCUCCCCGCUAAGUACUCCUCUCCGCCCUGUAAUCCUAGCUAUGAUAUCCAGG